AUCUUAAUGCAGCCAAUGGCCAUGCUGCCUCUGCCACUCAUUGUGCUGCUUCUGCUGCUGAGGGACAUGAAGGGUGGGCAUGGAUGCCAGGGCCCAGAGCCAGACAGGGAGCUGGUGCUGGCCAAAGUCAGGGCCCUGGUGCUGGAUGCCUUGGGCCCUCCCACCAACUCCAAGGAUGGUGGAGAGGCUGGGGCCCGGCGCUUGCCCCGCAGGCAUGCCCAGACUGGGGGUUCCACACGAAGAAGCAUGGAAAAUGAAGAUGAGGACCUAUCACAGGUCAUCCUUUUCCCAAGCACAGGUCCUGGCUGUGAGGAUGAAACAGAGUCGGGAGAGGCGGAAGGCCUAUUCACGUACACAUUUCGGCCUUCCUUGCACAUGCGAAGUCGCCAGGUGACGGCUGCCCAGCUGUGGUUCCACACUGGCCUGGACAGGGCGGGUGCCAAGGCCCACAACAGCUCAGGCCCCCCCGUGACCCUGUUGGAGAUGUCUUCGGGGGUCCCCGUGGCGGUGCCGGUGUUAGUGGGCUCGGCUCCCCGCCACUGGGUGGUGUUUCACCUGGCAGCCCCCGCGCUCGCCCUGCUGGCCCGUCCACUCUUUGUUCUGCUGCUCCGAUGCCCCGAUUGCCCCUGCCUGGCCCGGCUCGAUGCCACCCCCUUCUUGGUGGCGCACACCAGGGCCCGUCCUCACGGCGUGGGGGAGAGGGCUCGCCGGUCACCUCCUCCCCCAUCCUGGCCCUGGUCUCCAGCCGCCCUGCGCUUGCUGCAGCGCCCUUCCGAAGAGCCGGCCGCCCAUGCAGACUGCCAUCGGGCUGCCCUCAAUAUCUCCUUUCAGGAACUUGGCUGGGACCAGUGGAUUGUACACCCGCCUAGCUUCAUCUUCCAUUACUGCCACGGGGGCUGCGGGCUGGCGCCCUCUCCAGUCCUGUCCCCGGGGGCUGCCCUCCCCCCUGCCCAGCCCCCACCUCUGGCCCCCGGCUCCCCGCCUUGCUGCGCGGCACUCCCCGGCACCAUGAGACCCCUGCGUGUCCGAACCACCUCCGACGGAGGCUAUUCCUUCAAGUAUGAGACAGUGCCCAACCUCCUCACUCAGCACUGCGCCUGCAUCUAG